UAGUGUUUGUGUGUGGAAACUGUUGCCACUUACACGGCAAUAGUGACGUUUGAAAUAGAGCGAGCAGAGUGACAAGUGGAUGUUAUAGUGUUUGUGUGAUGAAUAUGGUGUUACCACGAUUGUGAUCGGUAAUGCUUUUCCAAAAGCCCGAUUAAAAGUCUGAUACACAAAAACACCUUAGCACGAACUUUAUUGGAUAUACUAUGUCGUCAAUUAGCAUCCCUAUCCGGCUAGUCCUCAACAGUAUUAGUGAGAGCGAGGCGAGUGGCAGCGCCCUUGUGACGCCGAUCCAGCACCGUCGCCGAGUUUCCCACGGACUCCCCUCCCAGCACCCGCACCGUCGGAGGAAGGUGAGCGCGCCGCCAGAGUUGCUGCAGCAUCUCGGAAGUGCCAUAACGCACGUUGCCGCCGCACACGCCAUCACAGGCGGCGCGAAUCCCGACCACGCGGACAGACCACAUCCUGAGUUCAUCUUAAGCUUCGCCCCCGGCCAGACACACUUGUCUGAGGGCUUGUAUAGCGGCUCGGACUCCGGAGUACAGUCCGAGUAUUCCUCCUGGGCCGCGCCUGUGUCUGGCGUCAUCGGAAGAGGCGUCUCUACGCCCGAGGUGAUCCACAAUUCAACCUCUGAAUCGAUUGACGACCUCGCCGAACGCCGCCAAACGAACGAAAACCAGGAGCAGGAUAUUAAAUAUUAUCAGUCGGACUCUGAUUGCGAGAGUAUCGACGACCUGCAAUCUCCACAGGCUACUCGGAAGUCUGUUGGAGGAAGUGGCAUGAACAACCCCGGGUUCGUGCAUACAGAGCCCACGACUUUGGUGCUCCCCGUGGGCUCUCCUCCCCCUCUGAGUCGCGCUGGGACUGACCCCAGUAUGACCUCCGCCACCUCAUCGACCGUCGGAAUGGUGGCCCCGUCAAGGCAGCGAAGGAACAGCAUGGUGUUGCAACUGAACCUGCAGGGCGCCUUGCCAACCACCAUGACCCUCCCAACGGCACCCCCGACUACCGCAGGGACGCGCUCCGUAUCUAUGGUGUCCCUCAACCAGAACCAGCCAGUGACCACCCACCUGUACCCCAACCUCCAUUCUGACACGCAGUCCAUCUACAGCGAAGUCAACUACGGUGCAAAUCACGGCUACGCCAACCCGCCCAUAGGCCCCCAGGCUUCAGCGGCGGGCGUGACGUACAAAGUGCCCGAGCAACACCAGGCACACAGCAGCGGUACUCCUUCGGGUCUCGUAGACGCGGUACCCCAGCCUGAACACCCUGACAACGAAGAGCCCCAACCCACAGAACCAGAGAAAAAGUCCGAAUGGUUCACUCACACGCUGAGCGAAAACUUGAGCGUCAUCUACGCCGUCUUCUUGGUUAUGCUCGGCGUCGUGAUCUACCUGGCCGACACGUUCAGUGGCCAUGACUCCGCCAUGGCAGAAGGUUUCAACGUGUUCCUCAUCGUGGCCCAACUACUUUGGCUGUUCUACGUUCAUGUGGAUGUCCGUCGUUAUGUCAACCAAAUUUCUCGGGCUCUCGAAGAAGCGAAAGCGAAACAGACGGACAAAAGCGAGCAGGUGCAGCUGGAGCCAACUGGCGACGGCCAAUACCAGCUGCGCAUCAACCUGCCGGAACCGAGGAGAACCAUUCCUCAGCACUAUGGUUUCACGUCCGGAAGACACGGUGGAUCUCUCUACCUGAAGAUCGGGGCUACAGUUUUCUGUUUUGGUUACCUGAUCCACACCGGCCUGAACCUUGGCCAGAAAAUCUUGUACCUCACUGAAGACGACCCCGCCUUCGAUGAUUGCACCUGUACUACUGACGUUGUAAUGUCUGUGCUACAACCUGUAUACGCCUUUUACCAGCUGUUCUUCAUCUUCAAGUACUCCAAUCUGAUCAUCAACCGUCGCAAGGUCCUUUCACGAUUUGGACUCAUGCACUGCAUCGGUGCCUCUCUCUGUUACUGGAUCUACACCAUCCUCCAAGAGACUCUUCAAGCCAUCUUCAUGAAGAAGAGCUACGCCAACAAGGACAACUACAGCACUGACGGAUCCACUACGGCCGCCCUCUACGGCUCAGGCUACGACGACGACUCUGACGAAGUAGAUGACGAUGACUCGCACCAUUUCUCUGGCACCAAACUCUCCGCGUCCUCCUCAGCGUGGUCUAUCAACUACGGCUGCGAGAAGGACACCAACCUCUCUGACAUGAUCAACUACACCACGCCCUACCUCUACCCCUUCAGCAUCGAGUUCAACAUCCUCAUGGUGGGGUUGUGGAUUCUCCUGUGGGAGAACAUCGGCAAGACCGACCGCCACACUCAUAUCCCCUCCGUCGAGGUCACGUACGAAGAGGACAACAGCAAGACCUUGACUUCCAACCUCAUUAUCUACGUCGACUGCCACGCUUCCAACCGCGGUCUGUUCGCGGGUCUCCUCAUGACCGUGGCCACAGUCAUCUCCAUCAUCCUCUUCUUCAUCCUGUCGUCGUCAGAAGAGAGCAAGAUGCUCGGCAAGUAUGUGAACGGCAUCAGCGAAGUGAUCCUCUUGUCGUGCAUGCUGAUCACGGCAGCCAUCGCGUACAACUCCAUACGAGUCUUGGACGUGAUGAAGCACGCCAUCAGCUCGGUGGACAACAUCUUGCUAUACGUGUGCCUGCCGUGCAUCUUCCUUUACGCCUUCCUCAGCAUGGUGCCUUCUAUCAACAACAGGGACUUCCUGUUUGUAUCAGUGUCAGUCCUCCAGGUGUCGCAAGUGAUCCUCCAGACAACGCUCAUCUGUGACGGCUUGAGACGUUGCUCCAACUCCCUGGAGAUUCAGCACAAGAAGCCCGGCCGCGAAGUCAUCACCUACCUGGUAGUCACCAACGUGGCCAUGUGGCUGCUGCAGACCUUCGAGAUCAAGAGCGAAGAAGGCAAUUCCAACAUGUAUGACUUCUACGGCAAGGAGCUGUGGACUUUACUUUCACACUUGACGUUGCCACUCGCGCUGUUCUACCGCUUCCACUCGUCCGUGUGUUUGGCUGACAUGUGGAAGGCAUCAUAUGAGGCCGAGGAGUAAGGUGACUCCCUCCCAUCCGGGGUCACGACCCCUUCCUCACCAUGGACUCAUACCAAGCAAUGGAUUCAUCAUGUUCCACGGAUUCAUUCAUCCUGACUCAUGAUUGCGCCUCGUGAUGGCGUUCUGCGCUAUAAUAGCGUGUGUAAAUAAUCAAGUCACCCACCCCCUCCUGCGCCACAGCCGACACUCAGAAACAGAAACAAAAUCAUACAUGCAUAUACAGUCGUGAUUAUACGCUCACGACAGAGACGUGUUUCAUAAACUAUGAUUUGACAAAAAAACAAAAAAAAACAAAAAAACAAAAAAAAAUUAUUGAUAUUUGACGAGGAUUCUCCAUGAAUCCGAUACUGAUGAAGAUUUAUUUGUGAAUCGGAUCUGAAGACGAUGUCUAACGUAAACAUGAUAUAGCAAAAAAAAAAAAAAUAAAUAAAAUUAAAAAUUUAAAAUACAGUGGUGAUUAUACUAUUCACGGAAACGUGGAUGAUGUGUCGCGUGAAGCUGAGUAUUGCAGUGGUGGUGUUGGGACGGGGGUCAUCUGCUGUAAAUAUCCGACUGGCCGAGAUGCCGAGCCGUCACUCAUUGCUCAUCUUUCUGUAUUUAUGAUGCCAUACACUGUAGAUAAAUGACCCUGUGUGAUUCGCUGGUCAGGUUGGCCCUCGCCUGCAUGCUUGGUCAAGAGGUAGGCCAGGUCAACAUUCUAUAUUGUGAUAUGUGGAAGGAGACGUGUAGAUGAUUAGUCUUUAGGAGUACUAAAGAAGCUGACAAAGGCUGACUAGGCCUGCUCGUCGGGCAUUACCUCUGUAUUGUAAUGUGUACAUGUUUGUACGUAGUAUCUAUAUAUAAGUUAUAAAACGAGUACAGCUAAUUCACCGAGGAAUUAGAUGUGCUUGCGCCAAAUAAAAUCUUUCUGACCUACAA